AUGGGCGACAUUACCUUAGAUGGGGCCAUUGCGCUUCUGGCUUCGGAGAAGCUCAGAGAGCGCUCAGACGGGCUUGCUGAUCUAAAGCAUAUACUCCUGAAGAAUAGAAGAAACUCAAAAUUUGAAGGCGGACAGCUGUUGACAUGUUCGCAUGCAUCUAGAAACUCUCUGAAUGACAAAGCCUGCCACAAGAUUUUUGAGUCACUGUUCCGGUUUGUAUCGGUUGAGAAGUCUCUUUACAAUCGGUCCAAUUCCAAGGGAGCUUCUGCAAGUCGCUUGUCAUCCUGUGCAUCUGUCCUUCGAAUCGCUGUUGAUGUGUUCCUGCGCAACCUGCGCACGAAGUCCGUUCGUGCAAUCGUUGAUCAUAUUACCGAUACUCUGCUAGGCCGUGGAAGCGACUCACUCUUUGAACUGCUUAGUGUGGACUACGCCAAAUGCUUGGUCACGCUCCUGCGUUAUCCUCCCCACCUCGAGCACCUUGCUCUUAGUGAAUGGGAGAAAGUCGUGGACUUUUGUCUGAAGAGUAUUAAUGCUCACAAUGAUCAGGAGGAUCUUACGAUUCGAGAAAAGCGUUCAUCCUUCUUGGAUGGAUAUCUCUCUACUGGAGGCAGGGCCUCCACACCGGCCAGAUCAACUCCCAUGCCCACAGCGAGCGAGAAGCCAAAAGGUGACACCAGUGCGGCUACGGAAGCUGUUGUCUGUAUCCAACUUUUGGUCGGGAGCCCAAGCGCCCCAAUUCAGGAAGCAGCCGAGCGUGUACUUCAUGGCCUCAUCAAGUUCGUAGGGUCGUCAAUGAUCGCUGGGAGUGGACACCAAGCUGCGUUUGCUAGUAUAAACACAGUUGUCAUGAAGAUUUUAUUUGAUCAAUCUGACCUUGCAAGGUCGUCGCUUCUAGACAUCAUACCGGCAAUCAGACGUUUUUGGGCAACUAAGCUUCUAGGACUGAAAGAUGAAAUGCUCGUCACUGUCAUGCUUUGUGCGGUUGUCUUGACUGAUGCCGCCCGGAGAGAUCCAUCGGAGUUGAUUGCACAUGUGAUUGAGGAACUCCUGGAGACCUUGUAUACUGAGUACAUCAAACGGUCUGAGAAGGAGAUCUUACAGCUGGAUGAAUUAGUAUUCCACCACAGCGGCUCAGAACAACAGCAAGAAUGCUCAGCAUGGCCCCGUCUUGAAAGUGCCAGAUCUGAACACAAUUGGACGACGCUAUGGAUUAUAGCAAAGCUACUCGAACUAGCAGAGGAAUUACGCGAUAAAUCAUCACUGUAUCCUGCAUCUGGAGAGGCUGCGACGAAAAGGCAGCGUCUCGCCUCGCUUAUAGACGACAUAUUUCGUGAUUCAACGGUGUCUUCUGGAAUGAGGAGGCUAUGCGCUCUCCAGCUAAUACCUUUUCUCCCUAGGAGCUACGCCACCGCCGAGUCGAAAUACUCUCUGCUCGAGCGGUUGCUUCCCCAUAUAUUGGAUGAUAAUUCCAUAACGGCUUCCUGGACGAUGGUAGCGAUUGCAAGCCCUGAUGCAAACUCCCAAUCGCUGAAACAUUGCUGGCAGCGCGCAUGGGAGAUGGCAUCCCGUGUUUCCCCUUCUCAAGCAACAGCCAGAGCUGCCUGUCACUUGUUAAACAAUAUACUUCAGCGAAGCCUUCUAGACUACCAAAUAGUCGCACAAGCAACAAGUUCCAUGCUCACAUCAAUCAAUACGAAUGGCCCCUCGACUAUCUCAGAUUCAUCCUUGGCAUUUUGGGCGACAAUACUUCGGGUCACCUCGCAAAUAAACCCGGGCUUAGUACCGGAUGCUUCCAAUAAAAUUUGUUCCUGGCUGAGGGAAACUUGGGGUACCGGUAAUUUCUUUCCAAUGCUGCCUCCAUAUCGUCUUUACUCACCUGUAUUGAUAGGUUCGCUUGCCGAUCGGUUACAGAUAGCCCAAGUUGCUAUGUUCGCACGUCCUUUAGACCUUCUGAACAUGCUUUUUGCAUGUGCCAACAGGCCCUUCGCACUACCCAAGGCCCGUUACAUAGGGCCGGUAGGACUAAUUGCUAGGGGAUGGCACUUUUGUCUCAAGAACAAACGGCUCCUCAAUUACAUCUUUGACCUUCAAGGGUUGUUGGAUUUGGCUGAAUACUGGGACCCGCAAGAGACCUUGUCUCUGGAGAAGUUUCCUCGACAAGACUCCAGUGAUAAUAUUGCUCUUGAUCUGCUGCAAAGCAAAGUUGAGGGACUGCUACAGACUUGGGAAGCACUAUCCGAAGACAAAACACACCAUAUAACAGUAGAUCUGGUGCAAAUAGUCACAUCGUCUUGUGUCACUAUUGCAUUGUAUAUGGCAUGUCUCCCUCAGCAAUCUGCAAACCGGGUGUCUGUCAUACAGCAAAACAAUCGACGUCUUUGGGAACGGCUGUGUGCUUUCCUCGCUUCCCGAGAGCCCGUCUUUAUUCAUGCAUGCUUGAUUACUCUAACACCCCUACUUGUGCCAAAUGCACUUCUCCCUCGUUCCAGCCCGGCUCUCAUAGGUGCUCUCUCCGGUCUGGUUCCUUCCCUCGCCGAUGUACUGGAAAGCUACCGGGAAAGACAGAAAGAAGUGUUGCUCUUGAACAGUGAAGAGGCUAUGGAUUUGGAUGAUCCCAUCCUCACAUUCUACGACCAAUCGACAGAGCUCGUACGUAUAUUCAGUAGAAACCGAGAAACGUCGCAAGUACUUCAAGAUAUUGCAACCUUACAGCGCAGCAUCACCGUCUACUUAUCCAUCUUCCAGAGGAUACAUGCCUCUUCCGCCUCCUCUGAACAUCCCUUCCAUGAUGAUCUUAUCGAAUAUUUGACCGGUCUCGACGAAAUUGACAUUCUAUCGGCGCAGAAUUUCUUACCUCAUGUAUAUCGCGCAUGUGUAUGUGAUGGAGUGGAACGGCAUUCUUUGCUGAGGAUACUCGAAGAUCUUGGUGAGAAAUGCUUGCAAUCAUACGAAAUGGAGCGCUGCGAAAGCUCUCACGUACUUUGUUUGCGCAUGAUGGGCAGCUUUGUUGAAAUGUGGACUGGCUCAGAGGAUGACGAUUUUCAUGCUUCAGCAACCGACAUAUACUCAUGGUUUACUGAGGUACUUCUAGCCAAAAGGUUAGCCUCCACUUCAGUUCUUAUCGAGUUUACACGGCUCUUAAGUGAUCUACUCUCCCACAACGUCACGUAUUCAAGCGGUCCAUCUAGCCCGUCACCUAGAACGAGUCUGUUCACGAUUAUUCGAGAAGGGGAUGCUGUAGCCAAGUUCUAUGCUGGGGAGCUCAUUCCUUCACUUUUCGGUCAAUACUCUCUCACGGAACAUGAUCUGAUCCUCGACGACGUGUUGGACAGUCUUCCCCGUGAUUCAGACUGGGAUGAAGGCAUUGCUUUGCGCUUGGUUAUUCUGGCUCGUCUCGCUUCCCGAUGGCACACUCUGCUCCGGAGAAGCAUCUAUCAUAUGUUUGAGACCGCUGCCAAGGUCCCAAACUCACUUCGCUAUGCGGAAAACUGCCUACGGGAUGUAGCGCAAACCCUGGGCCUUGAAGACGCAAAGCAACUGUUUCGACUGUUUUCGUCCCAAAUUAUCUACACUUGGACUGAGGAACAAUCCGUUAUGCGCAUGCCUUACAGCGUUUUUGGUUACAAAAGCCUCAAGGAGAUGCUUAUAGAUGUUCAAGAUGAGAUAAUUGGGCAGGUAAUGAUGCGUGCAAAUGAAACCGAGGGAGCAAAGCUUUCGGCCUGCACCGAUGUGCCUUUUGAUCACCUUGUAAUGGACUCUUUUUGCAAGGCAGAGGCGUACAGUAUAGCACGCGAUAUCAGUACUCCUCCUGAACACGGAAGCCAGCCAAGAGGGGUGGAGAACCGAAUGAAGAAGCUAUUAGGCACCGACAAAUUCGUGUCUUUGAUUGAGGCUCACUUCCCGCAAAUGAUCGCAAUCUUCUUUGGCACCCUGGAUCAAUACGAGCAGAUCGAGAGAGCGUUUCUGAAGCGUGAGGGCUUUGGGAAUCCGCAUGCAGUUCUCAAACGUAUGACCGAAAAGAGUGUUUCUGAGGUCGUUUUGCCUGCAAAUCAGCAACCUUCCUUCAGGGCACGUUAUCUUUUGGACGAGCUUGAGUUCCUCUGCAAGCGGAGUGGAUAUGACCUUGGGACUAUAUGGACACCCACUUUGGCAACUUAUGUCUGUCGAACGCUCUUAGAAUCUAUUCAUCCCGCCCUUGGCUCUCUACAUGCUUGCUCUGUUAUUCGAAAAAUCAGAAUACUUGUGAGCAUUGCUGGGUCCGUGAUGCUAAGUGACUACCCGUUUGAAAUGGUGAUACACGCCCUUCGACCAUAUUUGGUUGACAUCUUCUGCGCAGAAGACACACUUGGUAUCUUCUGGUACCUGUUAGAAGCAGGGAAGGCUUAUCUGAGUGAAAGCCCGGGUCUCAUGGCCGGGAUUGCGGUCACUACACUCUUGUCGCUCAGACGAUUCCUAAUUGCUCCUCCGACAGAGACAGCUCAGCCAGGUCUGGUUGAAACUGUAUUAGCGAAGAUAAAGUUCUUUCUCGAAUGGUUUGAUAGCUAUCUGGAAACAUAUGAACCCAUUGGGCUCAAGCCUGAGAAGCAUGAGCUCUUCAGGCGUCUGGUUGCUUCUUCCCAGGGCAUCAACCCUGCAGGUGAGAGCCCGGAAGGCAGUAAAGACGAGUAUGAUUUGCUCCUAGAAGUCCUCAAAGACCAAAACUCAAGAACAAGCCUGUUAAGUGGCCCAAUUGCUGAUCACGUCAUAUCAUUGUUAUGCACCGAGACCAAGCAAUCCCCUGAAUCCCAUCUCAAUGCCUCUGGUGACGAUCAGGUUGUCAUGUCUCAUGCUGUUGCUAUUUGCCAGACUUUGCAAAAGUUUGACCCAGGUACCGAGUACAAGCUUUGGGCAGCUAGAGUCAUCGGGAGAGCAUUUGCUAGUACGGGCAAAAUCAGUGACAUCCUUCUAAGAGAGCAGGAUCCGAAACUGUUCGAAGUCCAAUCAGCCCAGUCACUGCCGAGUCCAUUCCAUCGCUCGAAGGCUAGCAUACUCAUGGCGCUUUGCAGUAUGCUACAAAAUAGCAGUCACCUAGAAGUUGGGCUUGUUGAACGUACAAUGCAACUUAUUGUCAGCAACCUUGGGAGUUCCCCGGAGUUUGAACCCUGCGGAAGAACAGUGCCCGCUUCUCUUUUGAAAGCUUUCACGUGGAGCCCUUACCAAUGCCCGGAGAUGCCCAUGCCAGCCUCAGUGACAAAAAGCCGAAGUACCCUUAUUUGGGAUCCCGAUGUUCCAGUUGGACGAUUCGCCCGCACUGUCGGGUUGUUUUUGUCGGAUUCGGCCCCUGAAGAUCCGGUUAUUGGACCUUUGCGCACUAUUCUGUGCGUUAUACCUGACUUAGCUGUUCAAAUUCUACCAUACAUUCUUCAUGAUGUUCUGCUGGCGGAAGAUGAUGGGAAAGUGAACAUUCGCAAGACAAUCUCGGAGAUUUUCGGACAGGUGCUACGGCAAGUUAACGAUCAGACUAUUCCUCAUGCGCGGCUCGUGAUAAACUGCAUCCUCUAUCUCAGGAACCAGCCGAGACCAGAGGAGUCAACUAUAGUAGAAAGAGACGAGUGGCUUGAUGUUGACUUCGCAGAAGCAUCAUCGGCUGCCAAUAAGUGCCGAUUACCCAAAACAGGAUUGCUUUUCUUGGAAAUCUCUGCUUCGCGCAUGGCCUCUACCUCACGUCGCUCAUCGGUUGCAAAAUAUGAAGCGGCACCAGAGAUACUGCAUGAGAUAUUCCGGAAAAUAGACGAUCCAGACUUUUUCUAUGGAGUCCAGCAGGAUUCAUCGUUGGAAACUGUUAUGGCCAGACUGGAGCACGAAAGCUCAGGGUUCAAGAAUCUGUUGUUCCAGAGCGCACAUUACGAUAGCGAGAUACAGAUGGGGGAAAGCCCCGAUGUUCAUGGAGUUCUGAAAGCCCUCAAUUCUACAAAUCUCCAAGGGAUUGCCAAUUCAGUCUUCGCCAUCUCUGGUAGCUCCCGCGAUACGUCGGGCUCAUUUGAUAGCAUGCUGCAAACCGCAAAAGAUUUGCGACGAUGGGACAUACCUGUUUCCCCAUUGAGCCCUUCACCUUCUGCGUCUGUAUUUCGGGCUUUCCAAAGUCUUAACAUAUCGGGAACGCUCACUGAUGUUUUUGCUUCUAUUGACGAGUGCCUUUUGUCCAGCUUGGAUCUACUAACCAGCACUAGUCGUUCAGCAACAUCCUUGCGCACAGCGAUGCGGACUUUGGGUGUUAUGACUGAAGUUUGUGAUGUACUGGGCUCUGCAUCGACUGAAGACGUAAAUAACCAAUGGCAAAGCAUCGUGGACAGGGACUCCUGGCUCAAGACAACAAGUGUUAGUGAUGUUGGCGAGAUAUUGACAUGUCAUGAGGCUUUGUUCUCAUCGAUCAAGAAUAAAGACUUCUUGAAGACUGCCAUCAAUAUAAGUGAUCGUGACGCGCAAUUACUGGAAGUGAAGGUCAUCCGUCAAUCACUCAAAGUGGCACGAGAUCAUGGUAUCUCACAGGCCUCGCUGAAGUCAGCUGUAUGCCUUUCGAAGCUCUCGCAUAACUGCAACACUCUAGGUAUCAACAUCGAAGGUGCAGCGAAGUUUGAUCUGGCCAAUGUUCUAUGGGAUCAAGGAGAGAUGGCAGCGUCGAUUCAAAUUCUGCAGCAGCUUAGGGAACGGAAUGACUUGCAUAAACAAGCUAUUCCAAUAAGCCGCGCAGAACUUCUUGUAACCUUGGGCCACCACGUUGCAGAGGCACGUUUGGAAAAGCCGGAUACUAUCGUUCAAGAUUACCUGUCCGCUGCUGUCAAGGAGCUCAGAACCCGCUCGCUCGGCGAAGAUGUUGGUCGGGUCUACCAUGGGUUUGCGAUGUUCUGUGACCGGCAAUUACAAAAUCCAGACGGGCUAGAAGACUUCAGGCGGAUAGAGCAACUUCGCGACCGUAAAGAAAGGGAGGUACACGCACUUGAAGACAUGAUGAAAUCGACCCAAGGAAAAGAAAAAGAGGCUCUCAAAUACCAUCGGGCGAAAACGAAGCAAUGGUUUGAUCUUGAUGAUCGCGAAUACCAGCGUUUGCGGCGUAGUCGCGAGGCUUUCCUUCAACAGUGUUUGGAGAAUUACCUCAUCUGUCUGAAAGAGAGCGAAAGCUUUAACAACGAUGCGCUUCGGUUCUGCGCACUAUGGCUGGACAAAUCUGCUAGCACAAUUGGAAACAUGGCAGUUUCCAAGUAUCUCAGCCAAGUCCCAAGCCGGAAGUUCGCACCCUUGAUGAACCAACUUACUUCCCGCCUGUUAGAUGUUUCGGAUGAGUUCCAGAAGAUGCUCUUCGCUUUGAUCUUUCGUAUCUGUGUCGAGCAUCCGUAUCAUGGAAUGUACCAAAUAUUCGCUAGCAGCAAAUCCAAGGGCGGCAAAGACCAGUCGGCCUUGUCUCGAAACAGAGCAGCUGGAAAGCUGGUGGACUGUUUGAAAAACGAUAAACGCAUGGGGCCAACCUGGGUAGCCGUUCAUAAUGCAAAUAUCAGCUAUGUGCGGUUUGCUGUUGAAAAGCCAAACGAUAAGUACAGAAGUGGUGCCAAAGUUCCCUUGAAAAAACUUUCAACCGGAGAACGGCUCGAGCAAGAUGCCGCAACACAGCGCCUACCGCCGCCUACCAUAAGAUC